UUCAACUUUGAACUUUGUAAUCAAUCAAGAAAUGUAAAUAAAGAAAAAUCUUUUUCACUUUACAGAAAGCUUAGUUCAAAAAAUAAUGAUUUACUGAAUUGCUAAACUGUUGUUUGCCAUUGCACUCAAUCAAAACUCAAACUCAUAAGAAUCAAAACAAGUUCUCACUUGAUUUCUGAACAGCUUGUAGUAAAAUUGACCUGACUAAACCGAACAAAAUUUGAAAAUUUUCCAAGAUGAAUCAGUGUGAAGACGAAUGGCAAGAAGUACAACUGCGUUUCAAAAAAGAAGGCCUAGAUUUCAACGCUAUGAAGCCAGACGAUCGACUGAUUCAUAUAUGGAGGUGGUUGGUCGACGCCGAGAUCAAUUUAAAGAAUUCCCGAAGAAUAUGCGAAAAAUUACGUGAACAGCAGAAUGAAGAGCUUGAAGAGAUGGAAAAUUACAUGGGUAAAGUUCGAGAACUAUCCGAAAAACGCACCAUUAAUAUGGAAAAUGAAAGCACCCGACUAAAUGAACAACUAGAAGCCAUAUCCAGCAUAUUGUCAGGAGUAGUACUGCAGGGUGAAACUGUAGUCGAAAAGAUCACUAAUUUAGUAUCAGAUUAUUCCAGAUUAACCGAAGAAGUUCAAGUACUGAAUAAAUUGAAAUUGAAUAAUCCACAGAAUGAAGAUCUCAUUUCAGAAAUGAUAUCGAUAUCCACUGAGAAAGAAAUGUUGAAAAGAGAAGUAAUUGAGCUUUCAGAGCGAAUGCAACUGCUUCAAAAAAGUUCCCGAGAGCUUGCAUUGGAUAACGAAAAAUUAGCUUUCAAGUUAUCGGAAGCUUUUGCUGAAUUAGAAGAAAAAGAAGUACGGUUAGCUAACAGAAAAAAAAUGCUAUUUUUUAUUUAUACGAAGAUACCGAAGAAUGGCUGUAAUUUGAAUGAUUUCUAUCAGCGCGAGUUUACUACUAUUUAUUCGGGCGAACAUAGCGUUUUCAAUUCAAUGACGUGUUCGAAACAUUGCGAAUCCAAUAAAUCGACAUUAUCACGUUUAGAGAUCGAAAAUAUGAAUCAAGUUGACAAGUGCAGUUCUGAAAAGAAAGACUAUCGUGAUUCGGAUUCUCCGAGUUUAAUCUUAAAUGACAUGACUGAUUACAAAGCGACUUCCAAAUUGAGCAGUUUAAUGAGCUCGUGUCACGAAAUCGCCAGACUGGAAGAAAAUAAGAAAUUACAAUCUGAAUGUGAAUCAAUGAAAACACGAAUCGAAUCGCUCGGAGAAAAGUACAAUAAUCUAGCCUUGAAAUACAUUCAGUUGAAAUCUAAAAGAAAAUUUCAAAUUGAAGAAUUACGGGGUCGCCUGGAUGCUAGUCAAUGUCAAAUACAAACUUUACAAGUCCAACUGAGUGUUCAAAGGCAACGUCUUCGAGCUGAGGAAAUUUUUCGUAAACAAAUCGAAGCUGAUUUGAGAAAAAUUCAAGAUGAAAAACGUAACAUUAUUGUUAGGUUAAUGAAUUCGGAAAUGGAGCAAAAAGAAACCAAUAGAGAAAUCGUCAUUUUGCAGAAAAAAAUAGCCAUGCUGGAUUCGGCUAAUUCCGAUUUACUUGCUAAAUUACUGCAACUCAAAUACAAAGAACCGUCUGCAUCUAAAAUUUCUUGCGAUAAUAUUCUUCCGAUUGGAUCUGUUUAAUUUGUUCUUCCUUUUUUUUUGUACUACUUAAUGCAUAUUUUUCAUGUUCAUUUUGCCAAUCUUUUCCUUUUGUACAAUAUUCCAUUAUCUCGAAGUAUCAUUAUUCAUUAUUAUACCUGCGUAGUCAUUUAUUGAAUGUAUUUUUUUUUUUUUUUGAAAUAUAAUAUUAGUUUUGAUUGGA